UUUCUUGUAAAUGAAGUUUUCCAAUAAAGAUUGUUAAUAAAAAGAAAAAGACGACGCAGAAGUCAAGCGUCACCAUGACCUCAUAAGGGUGCCAGCCAAUCACAACGCAGCGUCGAAGAUGGCGGAAUCGGCGAUGAGUUUCAGGAGUUGUCGAGAGUUAUGGACCAUUCUGCUGGGACGUUCUGCGCUGCGAGACCCUGCUCAGAUCGAAUCGGAGCUGGAAACACACUGGGACCGACUGCAUCAAGGUCUGAGCUACUACAAGCCACCCAGCCACUCCUCUGCUGGAAAAGUGAAGGAGAAGAAAGAUGUCGUGCAGCCACUGAAGGAUUUCGGUCUGAGGCUCAGUAAACUCCUGGGACUGGAUGAGCUGCAGAGUGUGCGGCUGCUGCAGUGCUACCUGCAGGAGGACUACAGAGGAACUCGGGAUUCUCUAAAGGUUGUUCUACAGGAUGAGCGGCAAAGUCAAGCGUUGCUGCUCAAGGUAGCUGACUAUUACUACGAGGAGCGCAUGUGUCUUCUCCGCUGCGUCCUCCUCUUGCUGACGUACUUCCAAGAUGAACGACACCCCUACAGGGCCGAGUAUUCCAACUGCGUCAACAAGCUGGAGAAGGACCUGGUGAGCAGCUACCAGGCUCAGUUCCAAAGGCUCUUCAAAGCCGAGGCGCCCACAUGGGAGACUCACGGCAACCUCAUGACGGAGCGGCAGGUGUCGCGUUGGUUCCUGCAAUGCCUGCGCGAGCAGUCGCUGCUGCUUGAGAUCAUCUUCCUGUACUACGCCUACUUCGAGAUGAGCCCGGCCGACUUGUUGGCCUUCACCAAGAUGUUCAAGGAGCAGGGCUUCGGUCUGCGGCAGACCAACAGGCACCUGGUGGACAAGAGCAUGGACGCGCUGGUCGAUCGCAUCGGCUACUUGAGCUCUCUCAUCCUGGUGGAAGGCAUGGAUGUAGACUUCCUUCACAAGUGUGCACUUGAGGACUGCACGGAACAGCACCAGUUCUCCAGUGUCCCCGAUGUCGUCAAGGAGAUGGACCAGCUUCUGUUGACCUUCGGGGACAUCCCCCAUCACGGGCCGGUGCUGCUGGCCUGGGUCCUGCUGCGGCACACACUCAGACCUGAGGAGUCCAACCCCGUGGUCCGGAGGAUCGGCAACACUGCCUUGCAGCUGGAAGUCUUCAAGUACCUCGCUGUCAUGCUGAAAGGCCUGGGAGUGUCUGGGAACAAUUGCACAGCAAGCACAGCCAAGAUGUGCAUCUACGGCCUCCUAUCGUUUGUCAUCACGUCGUUCGAAGAGGAAAGCCUGCAGACUGGCAGCGCCGGGUCGCAGAGCCCCCACCUGAUCGACGCCGCAUGCGAGGUCCUCUCCGCGCCCAGUCUGGCUGAAGUCUUCUGGGAAAUGAAGCCCAACAUGGGUUUGGGAAUGAUCCUCGACAGCGCCGCCGGGAUGUUCCCUCAUAAGAUCGCAGCGCUUUUGCAGCUCCUCACUGCGCUCCUGUCCAACAAGUCUACUGUGAAGAAGGUCUACAACUUCUUGGAUAAGAUGUCCUUCUACACGCAAGCGUACAAACAUAAGCCCAAUGACAUCAUCGCCAAGGAGGACGAGACACUGUGGAGGAGACAGACUCCCAAACUUCUCUACCCGCUCGGAACGGGCCAGACCAACCUCUGGAUGCCGCAAGGGAUUCUGGGCCAGGUGAUGAUCGGCGGCGAGCAGGGCUACGUGGUGCGCUGGGACUACUCGUACAGCUCCUGGACGCUGUUCACGUGCGAGGUGGAGAUGCUGCUCCAUGUUGUCUCCACAGCAGACGUCAUAGCGCACUGCGCGCGCGUCAAGCCCGUCCUGGACCUGGUGCACAAGAUCAUCAGCACGGACUGGACCGUGUCGGACUGUCUGCUGCCCCUCACCUCGCGCAUCUACAUGCUGCUGCAGAGGUUGACCUCGGUCAUCAACCCUCCGGUGGACGUGAUCGCGUCGUGCGUCAACUGCCUGUCGGUGCUGGCCGCCAGGAUGCCCGGCAAGGUGUGGUCCAGCCUGCAGCGCACGGGUUUCCUCCCCUUCGCCUCCAACCCCGUCAGCAGCAUGGCCCAGUGUGUCAGUGCGGAAGGCAUGAAAGCGGGUAACUACGGCAACCUGCUGGUCCAGAUUGAGCAGCCCAGAGGCGAGUACGCCGUCACCAUGGCCUUCCUCAAGCUGGUCACCACUCUGGUCAAGGGUCAGCUGGGCAGUACUCAGAACAGAGGUCUGAUCCCCUGCGUGCUGCUGGUCCUGAAGGAGAUGCUGCCCACCUACCACAAGUGGCGCUACAACGCGUACGGCGUGCGCGAGAGGAUCGGCUGUCUCAUUUUGGAGCUCAUCCACGCCAUCCUCAACUUGAGUCCGGACGGCGAGGACCAGGGCAGCAUGCCCACCCUGCAGUCGCUGUGCAUCUACAGCCUGACCAACACGGAGGCCGGGCAGGCCGUGGUCAACAUCAUGGGAGUGGGCGUGGACAAGAUCGACGUGGUUCUGGCAGCACAGCCCAGCAGCUGCGGCUCCGAGGGUCCGGGUCAGGUCCUGAUCCAGACGGUCAAGCUGGCCUUCUCGGUCACCAACAACGCCAUCCGCCUCAAGCCGCCCUCCGACGCGGCCUCGCCUCUGGAGCAGGCCCUGACGCAGCACGGCGGCCACGGCAACAACCUGGUGGUGGUGCUCGCCAAGUACAUCUACCACAAGCACGACCCGGCGCUGCCCAGGCUCGCCAUCCAGCUCCUCAAGCGCCUCGCCACGGUCGCUCCCAUGUCGGUCUACGCCUGCCUGGGCAGCGACGCGGCCGCCAUCCGCGACGCCUUCCUCACGCGUCUGCAGAGCAAGACUGAGGACAUGAGAAUCAAGGUGAUGAUCCUGGAGUUCCUGACGGUCGCCGUGGAAACGCAGCCGGGCCUCAUCGAGCUCUUCCUCAACCUGGAGGUGAAGGACGGCAACGAGGGCUCCAAGGAGUUCCUACUGGGCGAGUGGAGCUGCUUGCACGUGGUGCUGGACCUGAUCGACUCCAAGCAGCAGGGCAAGUAUUGGUGCCCUCCGCUGCUGCACCGCGCCGCCCUGGCCUUCCUGCUGGCGCUGUGGCAGGACCGCCGGGACAGCGCCAUCUCCGUUCUGCGCGCCAAAGACAGGUUUUGGGAGAAUUUAACCACGCCCCUCUUUGGAAUGCUGGCGCCCCCGUCAGACACCACUGAGCCUUGCGUUCUGGAAACGUGCGCCUUUGUCAUGAAAAUCGUCGGCCUGGAGAUCUUCUAUGUCCACAGCGGCUCCCUGGAGCAGUCCCUGAAGGACGGCCUGCAGAAGUUUGCCAACGCGCGGCGUUACGAGUACUGGUCCCAGUACGUCAAGUCGCUGGUGGCCCACGUGGCCGCCAUGGAGGACGAGGGCGUGUGCUACUUCCCCGAGCAGACGCACGUGCUGAUCCUGGCCUGGCGGAUGCUGCUCAUCCUCGCCACCAGCCACUCGGACGUGAUGCAGCUGACGGACAACCAGACCAAGCUGAAGCUCUUCAUGGACGCGCUGGACGCCACCAAAGCCGCCCUGACCAGACCCACUUCCGUCCCGUGUCUCCGCCUCGGCUCCAUGACGGCCACGCUGCUCCUCGUCCUCCUCAAGCAGUGGAGGAGCUUGGUGGCGACGGCUCCCGACAUCUUGUCGCCGCUGUCGCUCAUGCUGGAGUGCGUCCUGCAAGCCGACCAGCAGAUGAUGGAGAGGACCAAAGCCAAAAUCUUGUCUGCGCUCAUCUCCGUGCUGCAGAUCCAAGGACUCGACGGCGGCGAGGUUUCCCAGCUGCCCCAGCUGCUGUCGUCCGUGUGCGAGACGGUCAAAGACGAAGCGUUGCUGCUGAUGGACAACGCUCAUCACGCGCGCCGCGCCGCCGAGCCUCCGGAGGACGACGACAGCAUGGAGACCGACUUCCCCCGCGGACCCCAGAAGGACCAGAGGGACGGCGUGUGCGUGCUGGCGCUGCACCUGGCCAAGGAGCUGUGUCGCAGCGACGAGGGCGGCGAGCACUGGGUGGCCGUGAUGAGGAAGGUCCCGGUGCUGCCGUCCGUGCUCGGCGCCGCGGAGCUCAGCCUGCGCUCCAAGCAGAACCUCUACUUCGCCGAGGCGGCUCUCCACCUGCUGCUCACGUUGGCGCGCACGCCGCAGGGGGCGGCGGCUGUGGCUGGCGCAGGAGUCAUCCAAACGAUAUGUCUUCCCCUCCUCAGCGUCUACGAAGUCUCCGGCAACGGAGCGUCACAGAGCUUCAGCCGCAAGUCUCAGGACUGCGCGUGCUGGCCCGGCGUGUACCGCCUGUGCAUGUCCCUGAUGGAGAGUCUGCUCAAGACGCUGCGCUACAACUUCAUCAACGAGGCGCUCGACUUUGUGGGCGUGCACCAGGAGCGCAUCCUGCAGUGCCUGAACGCCGUCCGCAGCGUCCAGAGUCUAGCGUGUCUGGACGAGGCCGACCACACCGUCGGCUUCCUGCUGCAGCUCUCCAGCUUCUCCGCCGAGUGGCAGUUUCACCUGCCCAAGCUGCUCCACGACGUGCAGGUGAACCUGUGCUACCUGUGCCAGACGUGCACGUACCUGCUGCACAGCAAGAAGAUGCUGCACCACUACCUACAGGUUAAAAAUGGCGAGCCGCUGCCACCCGGCCCCCUCCCGAGGGCGCAGCGCCCCCCGCAGACGCCCUCCAAGGAUGUGCCGGCGGGCGGAGGCGAGCGCGACGACGCGGAGCGGAAGGCCGUGCUGGCCGUGCAGUGCGCUCUGCUCAAGAUCCUCAGCAAGACGCUCGCCAGCCUGCAACAUUUUACUCCCGACUGCUGCCAGAUCUUACUGGACCAGUGCAUGGACCUGUCGUCGUACCGGACGUUGUUCGCUCUGAGUUUCACGGCGCCGGCCUUCGACCCCGACGUGUCUCCGUCCUUCGGGACCCUCCUGGCCGCCGUCAACGUGGCGCUGAGCAUGCUCGCUGAGAUGGAAAAGAAGAAGGAGGCGGCCUCGCUUAGCAUCGUCUCUCUCGCCUCCUCGGAGGAGAUCCAAGCUCUCAAGUCCUUGCUGAUGUUCAUCAUGGAGAACUGCUUCUAUGUGUUGGUCUCUCAGGCGUUGCGCUGCCUCAAAGACGCCUCCAUCUUGCCGCGAGACAAGCAGCGGCUCAAGCAGGAACUGUGCUCGGAGCUGAGCACUCUCCUGUCCAGCCUGUCACGGCACUUCCGCCGUGGGUCGCCGUCGUCCCCGGCGAGCGGCGGCAUGGUUGUCCUCCCGUGCCCGCCCCAGGCCAAGCCACCCACGCCGGGCUCCAAGGGCGCGCACGAGGGCCAGGAGCCAAUCAUCCAGCUGGUGCAAGCCUUUGUACGAUUGGUGCAGAGAUGAAAGAAAACACGAAAAUCCCGCCACCCCAAAAAAAUGUUAACUUUAAAAGGUGCCAAAAGGGCGACUUUUUGUUUUUGCAAGGCCUAGUUUUAUAGGUCGCUACAUUUCACAACCUCCAAGUGCCACUUAGGAUGUUUUACUGCUUUCAGUUAUUGUUACUCCAAAUAAAAAUUACAUUGUUUUUGUACUCAAAUGCUAAUAAAAGAUUGUCUGGAUGCAUA